GACCUUAGGGGCGGCCCCGUCCGCAGGCUCCUUGCGGGUAACGCGUUCGAGCCCCGGGCGUAGCCUAGGGGCGCCGGGGUGGCUGCCCGGGCAGCCCUCGGCCAGGGUCCUGCCGCCCCUCCUCGCGCUGCCUCCGAGGCCUUCCUGGAGCACGGCCUUGGCGCUGGUGGUCCUGGCGGCGCUGGGUCCUCGGUAGGACCCUUCCUUUACCAGCCUCAGUUCCCGCAUUGGAAAAAAGGCCCAAGGUUUAUAGCAGUGGCAGCAUUCAUGGCAGGUCCCCUGUGGCGGGCCGCAGCAUUUGUGCAGAGACACAGGACAGGCCUUUUGGUGGGUUCUUGUGCAGGCCUGUUUGGGGCCCAAAUCUCUUACCACCUCAUCCCAGAUCCUGUGCUUCGAUGGCUGUACCAGUACUGGCCUCGGGGGCAGCCAGCCCCGCUCUCCCCAAAGCUACAGAGACUCUUCCAAGAGGUGCUACAGGACAUGGGCAUCCCGUCAGGCCAUUGCUACGAGGCCUUCACCACCUUCACCUUCCAGCCUGUGAGCGCUGGCUUCCCAAGACUCCCUGCUGGGGCUGUGGUGGGCAUCCCUGCCAGCUUCCUGGGUGAUACAGUGACCAACACUAACCGGCCUGUGGUCAUACACGGGCAAAGAGUGGACUGGCAAAGCCCUGCAGGUGCCCGGCUGAGAGAUGCCCUGACCCUGUCCCAUGACGCCCAGAAGUUCGCCUUAGCCAGGGAGGUGGUGUACCUGGAAAGCGGUGCAGCUACCCUGCAAGCCCUGCCAGCCCCAGCUUGCCUGGCAGGAACCUGGGCUCUGAGCGUGGGUGCCAAGCAUGCACUGGGGCUCUAUGGAGGCCCCAUGACCUUACGGGCUGCCUUCAACCUGGUGGCAGCAGUGGCAGGCUUUGUGGCCUACAGCUUCUCCACGGACUCUCUCACUCAUGCUGUGGAAGCCUGGCUGGACCGCCACACUGCAUCCCUGUCUGCAGCCUAUUCCCAGGGUGGAGUGGAGUUCUAUGAGAAGGUUCUGUUGGCCAACCUGGCCCUGCGCAGUCUCUUGGGCAGCCCUGGAGAGAAGCUGUAUUCGCCCAGCGGGAAUGUCAUUCCCAGACACUGGUUCCGCAUCAAACAUUUACCCUACACAACCCGCCGGGACUCCGUGCUGCAGAUGUGGAGGGCGACGCUCAACCCAGGCCGCUCCUGAGGGGCUCAUCUCACGGGCAGUUCCAGCUCGUGCAGGCACCACCUUGCCAUUGACUCUGGGGGGCUCUCGGUGCCUCUGCACCCACAUCCCAAUGUCAGAAAAAUCACAGGCUUUGGAGUUAAACAGCCUAGAUUUUACCCCAACCCACAUCUUAAGAUCGCAGUGACCUUGGGCAUAUCCCUUUAUGAAUCUGACCGUUGGUUUUAUCCACUGUAAAUGGGGAUGAUGUAAACUUCCUGACAGCCGUGGGGUCACCUGGAAGAGAGAGUGUGCCGUAAAUAAACAGGAUGUCCCUUG